AUAGGUGGCUUAUAUUUGUCCAUCAUUUAAUACUUACAGCUUGUCAAAAUUAUAUCUAAAAUUUAAAAAAAAGGUCUAGUGUCAUAUCCCUUUUCAACAUUAUCCUGGCCCAAGCCCAUAUCCAUGGAGGACGAUCUAGAGUUCCUUAUAAACGCCUUGUCCGUACCAAAUACUCUGCUGACGGAGCCCUACGAUGAGAGGGAGCUGCUGGAAAUGCGUGAUUCCUUCAAAACUCUUCAAAAACUUUUACGUCGAAAUCCCAUUGACGUGGAGUCCAGUAUGAACAUUACUCCAAGGUCUAAGGCCGGAGGAGGUACAGCCAGGCGCCAGGAGCAGCGAGCUCUAUCCUCGAUGUUGGCCCUUGGGGGAGACUAUGAACAUGCCAGCACGGCAUGGAAGUCGGCGGAUAGUGGAACAAGGACAUCGCCGAUUAUAUCGGAAUGUGGCUUGCAAGACACUGAUCUGGAUACCCAUUUCAGUGACACCUCCCUGUGUCUAGGCGAGGAAGAAGACCUGGCCCUGGUGCCAUACAAUCGGUUCAAUGACGAUAGAAGUGACUCGGAGACCACGCUCACUGGCCAGUCCCCUACCAGCUCCUCGAUCUCGAUCAGCUUUCCUAUUCAUUUGGUGUGGGACAACAAGGAGUACACCAAGGAGACGGACACGGACAGUGAUACAACCUUGAAGCCGGAUGGGGAGAGGUUUAUUUCGGUUAACAAACCGCAAAAUUCAAAAGAUUUGAAAAUCUGCAGUUCUGCUUAAUCAAAAUUAUCAAAUGUGA